AUGUGGGCUGGCGUUCACAUUACGAAAUCAUCUGGGAUUGGGUUGUUUCGUUUAGUGUUUGCUUGUUCAACUCCUUGUCCAAAGAUGAAAUUCGGGAACACUCAGAGAUUACUGCUCAUGAUGGUUUUGGUCAUUUUGUAUUUUUUAAUUGAGCUGAUUGCUGGAUAUGUUGUUCAUUCCCUCUCCUUGGUCGCGGACUCAUUUCAUAUGCUCUCCGAUUUUAUUGCACUUUGUGUUGGAGUGGCCGCCUCUAGAAUCGCGAAAUGGCCUCGAUCACCAAAAAAUACCUUCGGGUGGCAGCGCGCAGAGGUGGUGGGUAGUCUUGUCAACACCAUUGUACUCGUUACCCUCUGCUUUACCAUAUUUAUCGAUGCCAUUGAGCGUUUUGUUGAGCACGAACCUAUAAAGGAUCCUCGAAUAAUGGUGUAUGUUGGUGUUGGUGGCCUUGUCAUAAAUAUACUUGGUCUACUUGUUAUUGGAGGUCAUUCGCACUCGCACGAUACUCCUGCCCUUACGAUGGAUAUCGAAGACGUAAACAUUGAGGAAGGCAUCAAUGAACUUGAAUACAACCUGGUUGAGAGUAAACCGGAAGCUGGCGAGCCCGUGGAAUCCGUCCCAAAUGGCAAUCUGGGGUCCUACGAAGUAGUUGAUUCCGAUUACGAAUCUGGUAAUGAUGUUGACAGAUUGGCCAAAUGUUGUCCCUGCAUCCAAAGGAUUCGUGAACUGCAUCGGCCUUCUGAGACAGACUUGGCUCAUGAAAACUGCCACCUCGCGCCCUGUCCUAACACCACCACAAGGAAGCCCCAUAAAGAAGGGAACUCUAUGAAUAUGCGAGCCGUGUUUCUUCACGUCUUUGCCGACUUUCUUGGCUCCAUAAUCGUAGUGGUGAGCGCACUGAUCCUCUGGCAAGUUCCGGGUGAUCCCACGAAACCGGAAAACAGAUGGAAACUUUUCAUCGAUCCGGCGAUGAGCCUGAUCAUGGUGGUCAUAAUUCUGUAUUCUACACUGCCAUUAUUGUAUAAGGCUGCUCUCAUCCUUCUCCAAUCCGUCCCUAAGGAAAUUUGCAUAAGAAACCUGAAAAAUCGACUCGAAAAGAUCGAUGGCGUUGUCCGAGUACAUGAUUUGCACGUUUGGAAACUACAAAGUAACUGCAUCAUUGGAACUGUGCAUCUCCGUGUCCGAAGUUUACGUAUGUGUCUUCUUAGCUGCGUGCGAUCUCUAAAGGACUUCUUUUCGCUAAUUUUGAUAGUUAUGAAACGAAGAGUCUGCAGUGACAAUGGGCCUUGUGUUAAGUCCUCAACAUCUGUCAAGAUGCACAAGCUUAUUCUUAUUAUUCCUUUCGUUUUUUCAUAUCUUAAAAUUUUUCGGUUGUUGCGUCUUAAACAGUAUGACAAAAGGGAUAUUUUCAGCUCAAAACACUUAAUUUUAUUCUACCCGAUUAUUGUGCUUGUUUCUUAUCUUUUCCUACUAUUAUUCUUAUUAUUUUUUGCUUGUGUAGCAGAGUAUGCGAUUGUGGCUCGAAGAGUGAAACAGCUGUUCCACGAAUAUAAUAUCCACUGUACUACCAUCCAACCGGAAUUUGAAGAUAACACGGAGCAAAAUCCCGAGACCUGUCUCUACGAUUGCGGACCGAAUCAGAAAUGCUGCUCCGACUCCUGCUGUCCACAGCUGCCCGACGCGGGUAAUUCAGGGAAUGACGCUCAUGGCACUGUGAACGCCGUGCCCGCGCCUGCCACCCUCCAGGUCUCCAAAAACGAUGCUUCUCUUCCCACCGUCACCAAUCCCGCUGAUGCUGCUGCUGAUAUUGCACAUAAAAUCAGCCGCAUUGAGUUGAAUCAGCUCCAGCCACGCGAGCCUCCCUCUGCAACGGUACAAGAGCUAGCAGAAGAGUGCCUUGUUAACUGCGGCCGGUGUCGCAAUGCGAGCUGCGUACGACGCUGUUGCCCAAGCGAUGGCAGCAAAGUGAAAGGUAAUCCUAUCCUCAGAACUCUGGACGAAAGCACUGCCUCUGACGCAACGUCUUUCAAAGACUUUGAUGAUCAGGCUCCUGUCUGA